CAGAACUACAUCAAGAACAUCAAGGAUGGAAAUAUAAGUAGCCUCAGAGGUACUCUGUUCAGCACAGCCAACCGGAGAGCGUAACUACUACAUUUCAGUAGUGACUGUUCAUUUCAGUAGUGACUAGUGAAUUCAGCGUUGUCCCUAACCCUCUUCCGGGCAAAUCUCACGUUUGCAGCUUCAUUUUAACAAUGUUUUAAAAGACUUUUUACUCUAAUAAAAACGAAUUUCGUUCGUAAACGUAUGAUUAAUUCUUAUUGUUGGUUUACCUUCCUUUUUACACUUUAGAUGCGAAGGUUCACAAACGACAUAAAAGGGAUUGUGUCUGAGAACUGGUCCGGGUUCAACGAUUCCAACACACGCAUGAUGAACUACGUCCUACAUGUUUUAGUUCCUGAGGUUAGUUUGUUCAAUUAAACACUUCUGAUCCCUUGAGAAUUAAAACUAUUAUUAAGUUAAUUGUCGUAAUUUUUUAAAUCUCUUAUUUGUCAUUUCAGGCCCUAGUCUAUGACCCUGUUUACAUGGAGUGGGGGACCCCGGUCUAGUGGGGUAGGUUUCUUUUGUUUUUUUGUCCCCUAGAGCGUGAAAACAAAAGAAACCAACCCCACUAGACCGGAGUCCCCCACUCCACGUAAACAGGCCCUAUGUCGUCAUGAUUAUGGAAGACUGCUCGCGACAAAUAGCCGAGCGUUUGUUCUGGGGUCAUGGUCAUGUAGAACGAGAUGAUGAUGAUGAAGACGAAGAUUAA